AUGUUUUCUGCCUGGAUCAGUCACGAGUGCAACUCUGCCAGCUCUGCGAUGAUGAGUUCACAGACAUCAGAUUAUAUUAAUGCCAGUUUCAUUGAUGGGUACAGGAUGAGCAAUGCCUACAUAGCAACUCAGGGUCCUUUGCCAAAAGCCUUUGGUGACAUCUGGCGCAUGGUGUGGGAACAGAUGGUAUGCAGAUGGCUUAUUAUUGUCAUGACCACCAGCGUGGUGGAGCGUGUCAAGUGUGGUCAGUACUGGCCUCUUGAGGAGGGCAGGACUGAGCAGCAUGGAUACUUCUUGGUCAGGAACACACACAUCCAGGUGUUUCAGUACUUCAAACUAUCCCAUCUUGAACUUUACAACACACAGUCUGGAGAAAGAGGGGAAGUGUGCCACUACCUCUAUGUCAGCUGGCCAGACUUCAGGGUGCCCAAAAGUGCUUCAGCUAUGCUGGACUUUGUGAGCAUGUACUUCUGA